CGUCACGCGACUCGCGCCGUGUUUACUAAACGGCGGCUAACCGGCUCGUCGGAGCGAAAAUAAAUAAGUUGCUGUCACCCAGGGAAAAAACCCAACAACGAUUCAUUGAACCAGGCCGGGGUGCAGAUACACACGGAUGGCGGAUCCCGCGGUGGCAUCGGGAGGUUCGCUGCACUUAGGAGGGCGUGGCGGGAGUGGGAGUGGAGGUGGUGGAAGUGGUGGUAAAGCAGCUACCAGCCCUGCGGAGAACUACUACCUGGCCAGACGUCGCACGCUGCAGGUUGUCGUCAGCGCCCUGCUGACCGAGUGCGGCUUCGAGAGCGCAGAGAAGGCGGCGGUGGAGACGCUCACCGAGAUGAUGCAGAGCUAUAUAUCAGAAAUCGGUCGCUGCGCUAAAGCUUAUUGUGAACACACGGCCAGAAGCCUUCCAACCCUGCCGGAUACAGUGGUCACGCUCGUUGAAAUGGGUUUCAACGUGGACACGCUGCCUGUGUAUGCAAAGAGGUCGCAGAGGAUGGUUAUAACUGCCCCUCCGGUGACGAACCAACCCGCGACUCCCAGAGCGCUGUCGGCCGGGCAGAAGCGCACGCAUCCGUCUCACAUCCCGAGCCACUUCCCAGAGUUCCCCGACCCUCACACCUACAUCAAAACACCAACGUUCAGAGAGCCCGUGUCAGACUACCAAGUGGUGAGAGAGAAGGCCGCAUCACAGCGGCGAGACGUGGAGCGAGCGCUCACACGCUUCAUGGCCAAGACUGGAGAAACCCAGAGCCUCUUCAAAGACGACGUCACUGCCUUCCCGCUGAUCGCAGCCCGGCCGACCACCAUCCCGUAUCUCAGCGCCCUUUUGCCGUCGGAGCUGGAGCUGCAAACUCUGGAGGAGACGGACUCGUCUGAGCAGGACGACCAGACGGACAGUGAGAACGCAACGGGAAACAACAUCAGUGACGACCCAGGAGCCGACAAAGAGAACUCCAUGCUUCCUCCCGGUGGUGUCGCUCCCGCCGCAAAGGCCAGCGAGGACAACGUGAUCGACAACCCGUACCUCCGGCCGGUCAAGAAGCCCAAAGUGAGGAGGAAGAAAUGAGCCGGGGAUCCCCGACCCGAAACAAACAGACUCAGAUUUGCCGCAGCGGUCGGUGCUUUGAGCAGUCCAGUCGCUGGUUCCCUCCACAGAGAGGAGGCCUGCUGGGUGUCGGCCGAGACCAGCGGCUGCUGUGGACUUUUGGCACCCUGACUGACUGACUGGCUGCUAUUGACUUUUUUUGUGUGUUUACAUGUCAUUUUUAUUUCAAGAGACACUCGCUUUGUUUAAAAUUAGCUUGAAAGCAACAUCAGAGUCUGAUAUAAAAAAACCCCCACAGGAAUCCAGUCAUUUUGUGAAUAAAGAAAACUAAGUUUCUUUUCUUUUUUUUGAAAACUGA